AUGACGUCCGCACAAACGAACACUGUUGUUGGACCCAACGUUCUUAUUGUUGGUGCGGGAAUAACAGGUCUGCUAAUCGCUCAAGGACUGGAGAAGAAUUUCCUGGAACAAAUUCGCAGGAGAGAGUGGACCAUGGGAAUUCAUUGGUCUAUCCCGAUCAUAGAAAAAUUACUACCCACAGACCUUUCGAAUCGUUUAUUCGAAGCUCAAUGCAAUCCUGAGCUCGUUACAGACUUGUACACGUUCAUUGAAUUGCAUAACAGUGAGACUGGAGACGUUCUCAAAACCAUAUCGACGCCAAAUCUGAAACGAGUAUCGAGGAAGAAGCUUCGGACUUUGUGCGCUGAUGGCUUAGAGAUAUUGUGGGGAAAGAGUCUUGAAGAUAUUAUUCAUGAAUCAGACGGAGAAGGUGUUAGCGCACAUUUUUCUGAUGGGUCGACGUAUCAUGGAAAUAUCCUCGUGGGUGCAGAUGGCCCGAAAUCCAAAGUUCGUAAGCUCUUACUUGGAGCUGAUAAAGCUAAGACCACUCCCAUGGAUCUCAUCUAUAACAUGUCUAUCGUCAAAUAUGGAGAUGCAAAGAAAGCAUUAUAUGUAAUUUCGGGACACCCACAAAACUCAUUUGGAUACAAUCCAAAUGGAGUUUUUAGUUUCUUAGCGGUCCAAGAUAUGCCAGAUUUAAACAAUCCUGAGACUUGGGCUUUUCAAGUAGGAACUUCAUGGUUGGGACAACGGGAUCCCAAGCUAAGCAAUGAAGAGCGACUGGCAAUGGUCAGAAGAGCUGCAAGUCAGCUUUCAGAACCGUUUCGGUCUGCAAAUUUAUGGAUGCCAGAUGAUACGAUUGUCAACACAGACCCAAUAUCAUAUUGGGUGUCGAUACCAUUUGGAGACCAUCAGGGCAGAGUCACUCUUUGCGGAGAUGCUGCUCAUCCGCUUCCACCACAUCGUGGUCAAGGGCUCCAACACUGCAUCCUUGAUGCUUCGAAUCUUGUGUCUGCUGUAGCGAAGAUCAAGAGGGAGCAAGGCAAUAAAGAGAGUUUGAUCGCUGAUUAUACUGAGGAAAUGAUAGAACGAGGAGCAGAAGAAGUUAAACUGUCUGUGCAGACUGCUUUGACAGUACAUGAUUGGGCAGUCUUUAUGGAAUCUCCUUUGAUGAAGCACGGCAUAACCAAAGUUAGUUGA